AUGAAUCAAGUGCAGUUAACUCUGGAAAACGAAGGAAAUGAUGACAGAUGCGAACCUGAUAAACGAUUUUAUAUUAUUCGACUAAUUAUGUUGAUACUGCUUAUUGCAAUGGGCUUUUCAGUAUUAUUAGCCAACAUUGAUCCGUCGAGCUUUAUAAAAAUAAAAUUAUAUUUUGAUAUUAUUGAAUGCUUAGUGUUUAUCAUACUAACUGCACUAUUAAUAUAUAAUUUAUGGUUUUUGCCAGAACAAGAAUAUCAUCGACAACAAUUAGACCCCAAACCACAAAUACUGCCAAGUUAA